CCUAAUAAAAAAGCGCGCUAUGUUUUUCACACUUGAUUUUCAGAGAAGUCGCGAUUAUCUUUUGCCAGUGUCUUGCUGGAAAUGUCGAGUCAGCACGUUUAACACCGGGACUCCAUCUCGCCAGUGGACAUUUACAGUAACAGCCAUGUGUCGCAGUGUCCAGUGUGUGCAUUGAGGAUUAGUACCCCUUUCAUCGACCCCCACUCUUUCUUUCCAUCUCUUUCAUGGGCGCUAGCUCAGGGCGAAACUGUAACGAUAUACUGUCCUCUUUGUUUCCCUUAUUAUUCAUAAUCCUUUCAUCUUUUAAAACUUUCAGGUGGAAAGAUUUCGCUACAGCAGCCGAUUAUUCGACGUUCAGAGGACCCUGGCAUGGGUAGGUGACAGACUUCACACUGUCGCUGGUAAUGUCGAGGACUGUUACCGUGUCCGUGUUUGAUAUUUUUGUUUGCUUUUGUAAUUUUUCAAUCCAUACUUCAUUUUCCCAGACUCGUGUCUUUCAAUUCCUGGAGGACUUAACCUACUCCUGCACACACAUGUUUUGUCUCACUUAUUCUCACACUAGUCCCGCCUACAUGUAAAACGUUCAAUCUUCCCGACGCAAUAAAUUACCUGGCCGACUUGGGGGGGGGGGCGCGGGAGACACAUUCUGCCACUGCCUGUUUGUUUCGUUAUAUUUGAAGAAAAUAAACAACUUUGCCGGAGUUCUCUUUACAGCUACUUUAUAUGGCUGAUUAAGAUUUACGGGCUUUUCCCCCCGAAUGAAAAUAUCUAGACAACAAUAUGCAGUCUGUAAAGGAAAAAUAACAUGCCGUUCGUUUAUUUUCCUCCUUUCAUUUUGUUACAGUGGAAUUACCGUGAACUGUUAAUUACCCAUAAGAAACGGUUUUGCCCUUAAAGGGUAUGCAUGCUUUGAAGGUGCAGGAACUUGAGACAGCCCUCUUGGCCUUUCGCAUGUUCCCCAUUCUGUCUUGUUUUCCUCUCGUUUUUAACCAUCCUUCUGUCAGUCCCAUAACCUCUUUAAAGUCCUCCCCUCCUUCCUCUGCUCUUCUUUCGCUUGUCGGUCUCAGGAGCGAAGCUUCUCCCAGCCUUCCGACGCCAGUAAAGUCAAAGGACAAUCCGAACUUACUUUUCCUAUCGAAACUUGCUUUAUUUACGGGUCAUCGUUUACGUUUUUGGUUUUUGCCGUGGAGUGACUUCUUUUAAUUUUUCUUUUCUUUUCUUUUUUUUUUAGCGCGCAAUCAUUAAGUUUUCCGAGGGGCGGCAAUAUAUUUUUAAAUCAUAUACCGACAGUUAAGUUACUAGUAUAAUUUACACGCGAAUUGUUUGUAUUCGGAUUUCAGUUAACUGAAAUGGUUAUAUGUUUUUUUAAUAGUUUAUCACUAUAUAAGGUUUGUAUUGAACACGAUAAGCUAUAAAACGUUUUUUUUUUUUUGGAGAGGAGACUGAAAGGUGUUCUUGGAAUUCGCUGUUUUUAGUGUUUAUGACGUGGUUAGACUUAAAGCAAUUACCAGUUAAUGAGAAUGCUUUUGAUCUAAGUUGGCACUGACAAGGGUAUUAAUACCGAUUCUCGGAGUGUCUGCUGGACCACGGAAUCAAUGAGGCACUCGCCGGAAGGACGUGCUGUCCGAAUCUCACCUAAACGUUGAUACGUCUUGGAAGUAAUGCUCUGGCUUCCCUUGGUUGCCAUGGUGUUCGCCUCGGCCCUCCCCUUCCCUGCAAGUCUGUCUCCAAGGCUCAUUACUGCAGCACUAGAGCCUGGAAGAAGUUCUCUUACCCACAGGAGUAAUGUCAGCAGUGACUACUGGCUACAAAAUGAAAGCAUGAGUGAAGGACUGAACAGUAUGAACACAAAACAGGUUUACAAAAAUAAAACUUUUGAGGACUACAGCUCUCAGAGUAAUCAAAGCCUGAGAAAUUCUGGACAUUUAUACAGGCCCUCACGGAAGGACUAUAACAUGACUGUUGUUGGUGAAAACAGUGGGAAACUAAAUGUAAGCAAUGUACAAAAAUUGCAGAAUAAUCAGAGCCAAAUGGCCUACAACAUAUCUUCUUUUUUUAAUCAGAGGGAUUAUAAAUCCCACAGCAAUCAAUCACAAAAGAGCACAUUCAGUGUUAUUCAGAGGCAGAAAAAUGUCCAAAAGAGUGGCAUACAGAAAGACAUGAUUCCUCCAUAUUCACACGUUAAUGGAGGCAAUUUGGGAACCAGUGAUUUUCAGAUCAUUAAAGGGAAACACAGGCUGGAAGAUUAUGUUUCUCUGAGUAACCAGGCACCAGAGGAUUACAAAUCUCAGAAAAGCCCUGCACAAGAAGUCAUUCAGAACAAGGGGCGCCAUUUGUUUAAUACAACAGCUGAAAAAUACAACACAUUGACAAAGGAUAUCAGCAGACAUCGAGAUGCUUCAAUAAAAAAUCAAAUAUCCCAGGACGCCACCAGUCAAGCACAACAAGAACCAAUCGGACACAACGAUGAGCCCAAAAGAAUAGCAGAGAAAGAGAAAAGCCAGGCCAGCUUGGGUGAAGCAAUUGAGAUGGGGGGGCUAGUGGAGGGAGGGAAAUUGGUGGGGGAAGAAGAUCUCCUGUUCUUGGACACACACCCCCGGGUCCUGUUCUCCCCCUCUUCCUCGCCUCCAAACCAUCCGCCUCGUCUCCUCAUGCUUGAGGCCGGACUACUGGCUGAUGGCGAGCGAGAGGAAGAGGAGGAGGAAGAGUGGGAUAGAGAUAAUGAAAACAGGACUGAAUCUGAGCAGGUGGGAGAGGUGGAUCAGUGGAUAGACGCCAUUGAUCAUACACAUAUGGACAUGAGCAAUAAUGUAGAAAAAUACCAAGGUAGUCAUACUGAGAGCAGCCUGCAGAGGCAGCAGUCAGGCCUGUCACCACAUGACACCCAAGGAGGCCCAGAGAGCCAGCAGGACUCUCGGUCAAAAACCCGGCACAGACGCUCUCGGGUCUCUACCCCUAGGGGAUGGGAAAUGUCUGUGUGCGAGGCGGCCAGCGAAUGGGUCAUCGACAAAAAGACUGCCAUCGAUUCCUACGGGAAGAACGUCACUGUGCUACCCGAGAUCCAGACCCUGAUGGGCCCCCUGAAGCAGUACUUCUACGAGACACGAUGCAAGGAGGAUGAGAGGCACGGGAUGAGCCGCGCGGGAGUCAGCAGGAGCCUGGGGAUGGCCGGAGGCAGCUGCCGCGGGGUCGACAGGCGCCAGUGGGUCAGUGAGUGUAAGGCUAAGCAGUCUUACGUCAGGGCUUUAACCAUAGACGUCAACAAGAGAGUGGGCUGGAGGUGGAUCAGGAUCGACUCAUCCUGUGUUUGCGUGCUGCUGUCCCGGGUCAGCAGGAACUAACAGGACAGGGAGCGUGUCUGUCAGCAGGCGAGGAGGAGUAGGGGGAGAACAGGGGACCGUGUCUGCCAGCAGGCAAUGGGGAAGUGGUGGGAGACCAGGGGAGCACGUCUACCAGCAGGCAAGGAGGAGUAGGGGGAGAACAGGGGAGUAAUGGCGCCUAAAUGUUCACAUGUGGCUAAUGUGGAUAAGAAGCACUGUGUCCCGUCCCUCCUGUUAACUCUGCUGCUGCUGAGAGUCUGGCACUUCCUGUGGGCCGGCAUGGCGAAAGGGGCGACUGCCUGCCUGCUCCUUGGGAGGUUGUGUUUUCAGUCGUUUGUCAAUCGUACAUUUUUCACGAAAUGCACGAACCUCACCCUCUCGAGCUGUGAUCCGGGGCUUCCCCAAAUGUCAUCCACAAGCCGGCCCUAGAAUCUGUUGCCAAGCUGACUUCUCAGAGAGUCAUGUGUAUGCUAACUAGUGUUCAUUCAGAUCCGUUCCCCUAAAGUACAGCAAUACAGUACUCUCUGUGUUAACUAUGCCUACUGUCGCUGUGUAUCUCGCUAAGAGUAUGGUUACAAAAGGGGCAGUAAAACAGCUUAUUCUCCCUGGGUCAGUGGCAGCAGACUAAAUGAAUCCAUAGGUUUGAGAGAAGCACUGUGACCCAUCAGUGACCAGAGAAAGAUGUAUUUCCCCAUAGUCUCUUGAAUUUCCAUUCUGUAUCUCCCACACAUCUUUAUCGCUCCUUUACAUGCCAAUCUCUCUUUGUCCCAUUUGACUCCCCACCUUUUAAAUUAGUAUCCUUCCAUCUGAUUGGCUCACCUACGUCUCUACUUGUGAGUCGUCUUUUUUCCGUUCAGCUCCCCCUUUCCCUCCAUAAGUCCUUCAAAAACUUCUAUGCCAGUUUUUAUGUGUCUGUGUAACAUGAAAAACCUCAUAUGAUUUACGAAGCCUGAUGGUGUAAGUAAUCUUAUAUGCAUUUAAACUGUAAUUAUAUAAAAUUAUUCCUUUCAUUUGUGAUUUGUCAUUGUUUUUAGUUUUUUUUUAUUAUAAUAUGUUACAUUUAACCACCUAAAGCAUGCUGUAUUAUUAAUAUAUUUCUUGAUAUGCAUAUGCUACGUACUGUGCAUACCGUAUAUAUGUAUAGAUGGAAUAAGUAGGUAGAUACCUAGGUAGAAGAAUUUAAAAAGGCAGAGUUUACGCCUUUAGCAUGAGAAGUCAGACUUAUACUACUGAACUGGUCAUUUUAUAUUGUGCAAUGCAGUACAUUGGAGAAAUUCACUGAAGUCUAUAUGUGCAGUCAUUUCUAAUCCUGGUCCAUGAGGCACCAUAUUUGUUCAUUUCUGUGGCUAAUGAGCUGUUAACGAACUGGAUUUCAUUGCGAUAAUACUUGAUAUGAUACAUAGCUUAGAAGUUGCUAUACAUUGUGAACGAGUUACCCAAAUGCAAGAAACAUGCACACGUCCUCUUUAUUCAGCAAUUUAUUUUAUCAGUCAUUUACUUUAUUGUUAAAGCGAGUAGUCAUUUGGUUUAAACGUGAUUUUUAAUAAAGGUUACGUUUUAAAUGUAAUUAAAUGUGAUUAAUCUAUGGGUCAAUCAAGCCUAACUAAUUAACAGCUCAUUUGGCAUGAGCACAUAUUAGUAUGUCUGUAUUUAUGUUUCUUUUCAUGUAGAGGACUGCAUGUAUGCGCAUAUUUCUGCAGGAGCCAACUGUCCCAAAGAUUAAGGAUGAUCAUAAAAGCUGUAGGUCCCAAUGCAAAAACAAAUAAACACAUGUAUGACAUGCUAUUUUUAAGGAAUAUUUUUUAAGGAGUAAAGGCACAUUCUUUAUGUAACUGAAAUGUUUAAAUUUAAUCCUUUAAUUAACUUUAUAGAUAAAACAUGGUAUUCAGUUCCAAAAAUGCCAUUUCCAACAAUUCAGUUUCCAUUCAUUUAAUCCAUAGAUGGGAUACAUGGCGAUUUCAUAGAUGUGUGUAACCUCCCACUCAUUAUACAUUGAUUGCUAACUCUUACUAAAAUCUGGCACAUAUGAAUUUCUCCAUGCAUGUGUCAGACUGUACUUAAAAUCAUUUAUUCAUUCCAAUUGGUUAAAUAUCCCGUUCUGCAAGGUUAAGAAGCUAUUUAAAGGUUGUUGAUUAUUUCCCCAUAACUGCAAGACAAACACUGUACUGUGAUAGCUUGAAUAUAGUGUCUUACUUGGGUAAGUCUCCCUGACAUAAGUGAGAUGACGCAUGAUCAGGUGUGAGGUUUUUGGAUGCUAACAUCUUUACCGCAGCACCAUUCCAGCAUGGUUCAUUUCCCUAUAUUCACACAUCCCAUUGUGGUAUCUUACUUUUGUCACACUUCAAUAUCUUUGACCAUCGUCACCUCACACCUCCACACAUGGCGUUCGGAUCCCACCUCCGCUCUGUGUGUGGGUUCUCCCUGUGUGGCUUGGGUUUCCUUCAGGUACUCCAGUGUCCUUCCGCAGUCCAAAGACAUGCAGUUAAACAAACGUUGUACAGUCUCUCAGUUGCCAGUAACAUGUGAUUAUAUGCAAUAUGAUUGACUGGCUUCCUGUGCAGGGUGCACCAGGUCCCCUGUGACUCUGUCCAGGAUAACCAUCCAUCCAUCCAUUUUCCAAACCGCCUAUCCUAUUGGGUCGUGGGGGGUCCGGAGCCUAUCCCGGAAUCAAUGGGCACGAGGCAGGGAACAACCCAGGAUGGGGGGCCAGCCCAUCGCAGGGCACACUCACACACCAUUCACUCACACAUGCACACCUACGGGCAAUUCAGCAACUCCAAUUAGCCUCAGCAUGUUUUUGGACUGUGGGGGGAAACCAGAGUAACCCGGAGGAAACCCCACGACGACACGGGGAGAACAUGCAAACUCCGCACACAUGUGACCCAGGCGGAGACUCGAACCCGGGUCCCAGAGGUGUGAGGCGACAGUGCUAACCACUGCACCACCAUGCCGCCCCCCUCCAGGAUAACCAGUCCAAAUAAAAUAAUGCUGUUUGUAAUUAAAAGCUGACUAAUUUACACAAAUGUCACACGUCAUAUAUAAAUGUUAAAAGGACUUUUUUGGUCCUAGUUCUAACAAAAUUGCUAAUACUUUGGCUAGCCUCAUAUGCCGAUAUACAGUGGUACCUCGACUCACAAACAGGCCUGUUCGCAAACAAAUUGGGUCAUGAACCAGAUGUUUGAAAAUUUUUUGUACCAGUUCGCGAACCGUAUUUCAGGCUGCGAACACACAAACAUCCCCCAAGAGGGUCCGUUGAAAGCGUCCCGAAACACGAAGCAGUGUACAUUAUGCCCAAGAACGGUUGUGGAAAUGUAUAAAAAACUUGUUGUAGAUGUAUGUCUUUACUAUAUCUCUUCCGUGGUCGUAUUAUCUGAAAAAAGAAAAAAAGACAGUAACAGUUACAUAUCUAUACAUAAAAUUACAGUACUUAAUAAAAUAAAUGAUUAAGUAACUCCUAUUUAAGUGAUAUAUUCUCCAUUCACACACAGCGGCAACUGCGUAGUUUGUUUACAGUACAAACAAAUAAGUUCAUCGCCAUACAACGCAUGGCAUCAUGAAAUGUAUAUAAAAAUUUUAGGCAUAUGAAAAUAUUGUACAGUGUAAUAAAAAAAUUACGUUUUCGAAAGUACUGUAUUGUUUUUACUGUUACUCAAUGCUUUAAUGUUAAUUGCUUAGUUUUUUUUU